GCCAGCAACUGUGGCAAAUGGCUUGAGGAUCUUUCUUGUGAUGCUCACUUGAAGUAAUCUGUGCUGUGAAAUAAUGUUACAUGCCAGGCGCGUAGGUGGAACAUAUAGUGUGGAAGGGCUCUUUCAACUGUCAAGGUUUAAAUCGUUUGGGAACAGUAUUUGACCGAGAUAUUGAGAUUGUCGUUGAUGAAAACGGGCAGCUUUAUUCUACCCGGUGCCGCCUGCCUAACGCAACCAAGUCACAGGGGAGCAGCUGGAGAGGAUCAGAGGCUCGACAGUCAUCCCAGGACGAGGACUUCUGAUCCGACUCAGGGGACAGAAAGAACGAGGAGUUUUUCUUUCCCGCGAUAGUAGUCCAUUUGGAGGACUACAAAAUCAGCAUCAGCAUGGAGAGUCACACGAGAACAUGGUCUGAUGUUGUCUAAAUAUUUAACAUUUGAAUUUGAAAUAAUUGGGGCAGAGCUGUCUUUUUAAUCUCAUGAAUGCUGGAGUAUUUUGAAGCACGAAAAAAAGAGGACUCCUCAUUAAAUAGGAAGCUUUAGUGGCAGAGUAGAGCAUGGGCGCUGGGGCCCACACAGUGACUCCCGUCCCAGCUCUGAGGGCCCGAUGAGGGGCCCCAGCCCAAGCCCUCUCAGGGGCCGGCACUUCCACUGCCGGGAAUGGGCCCUGGAGAAGCUGCGGCGAUGCCUGGACACUCGGGGAGACGGCGGCGAGGGCCGGGCAGCGGCGGGCGUGCUGAUCACGGGGGGCCCUGGGGCUGGCAAGACGGCGCUCUGCACAGAGACGAUCUGGCCACAGUCGGACGCUGGCCGCGCCUCGGCGCUGGCCCCGCGCUGUCUGGUGUGGCACUUCUGCCAGCGGGAGGACGAGGGCAGCGUGGCUGUUUGGAGGUUCGUCCUGAGCCUGGUAGAGCAGAUGAGGACCAGUCCGCUCCUGCCCCCCGCGUACGGCUACCUGCUGGGCAGCCCUGACAUUGCUCCCACGCUGGAACCUUUACACUGCCAGCGGGAUCCAGACGACACAUUCAGAAGGGCAGUCCUGGAGCCCUUGGCAGAACUCCCCCAGCCGGUCCAGAGUGUGUAUGUGUUGGUGGACUCGCUGGACUCUGGCUAUGGGGCCAGGCUCAGAGAGGGGGUGGCGGCCGCCCCCACGGCGGGCCAGAGUGGCUCCAUCGCAGAGCUGCUCUCCCGGCACCUGCACCUGCUGCCCAGCUGGCUCCUGUUGGUGUGCUCAGCACGGCGCCAGAACAAGAGCAUCUGCAAGAUGUUCUCAGGUUUCCGAAGAUUAUGCCUUGAUGACCUGCGGAAGCCACCUACUGUGCGUGACGUCCAGCACUACAUCCUGCGGCGCCUCGACCAGGAGGGGUCGCUGCGCCGCCAGCUGACCCCUGACACGGCCGACAUGCUCAACCUGCUGCACAUCAAGAGCGGCGGCUGCUUCCUCUUUCUGCAGCGCGUGCUGGACGGCGUGGGGGCCGGCCUGGUGGGCCUGCGCGAGAUCCGGGACAUUCCAGGGACCCUCAACGGCCUCUACCUGUGGCUCUGCCAACGCCUCUUUCCCCGGAGGCUAUUUGCGCUGGUCCGGCCGCUCCUCAACACUCUGCUGGCCUCCCCGAGACCGCUGACCCCCGUGCAGCUGUACGCUGUGGUCUGGACUCAGAACACCAGCCUCCGCCUGGAGGACUUCCAGACCCAGUUGAGUGCCCUGUCCUCGCUACUCAUCGACGGUCCAGGCGGGAGCAAGCUCUUGUUCCACAGCAGCUUCGCCGAAUGGCUGACCGACGUCAAGUACUGCACGCAGAAGUACCUGUGCAGCGUGCAGGAGGGCCAUCUCAUGUUGGCCAUGGCCCUGUCUGUCCAAGCCAAGAGUUUAUCCACUGAGGAGACCUGUCUAUUGGGCUACCACCUGGUCAGCUGUGGGGUCCACGCCAACGACACUGCUCUGUUGGCACUCUGGAUGGUGUGGACUGGGGUGCCAUCCCUGGGCAGUGGCAUGGAGGACAGCUGUGAUGGGUAUGCUGGAGGAGACUCACUUGGCCCUCCUUCCUCUGCGUCUCGAACGCCAGUCGUGAUCCAACAGGACGUCCUGCAGCUUCUGAUGAAGAGCGGGGUCUACCCCCCGACCUGUGCGCCAGACAACGGGCCCAGCGUUGGGGUGCACUGUGCCAGCAGUGGGAGUGGGAUCGUGCGGAGGGCUCUCCAGAGAGAGGACUCCGUUCGGGCGCUGCUGGACACUGGGGUCAGCGUGAACCGGACUGACCCUUCUGACGGGCGCACUCUGCUGGCGACGGCAGCCCACGCAGGUUCAUCCAAUGUAGUGGCUCUCCUGCUGUGCCGUGGGGCAGACCCGCUCUUAAGUGACCACCAGGGCCAGACGCCGCUAACCUUGGCUGCCCGGCAGGGGCACGUGGGUGUCCUGCAGGUUUUGCUGGACUGGGCGCACGAGCAGCACGGCCUGGAGGCGGCGGCAGCGCGGAACAUGCUGGAACACUCGGACACCGAGGGCUGGACGGCUCUCCGGUCCGCCGCCUGGGGGGGACACGUGGAGGCGGUCAGGCUCCUUCUGGAGGCCGGUGCAGAGGUGGACGGCUGCGAUGCAGAGGGACGCACCGCCCUGCGAGCGGCGGCCUGGGGUGGCCAUGAGGAGAUCCUGCUCACCCUGCUGCACCACGGGGCGCAGGUGGACAGGGCUGACCGCGAGGGGCGCACCCCGCUCACCGCCGCCGCGUUCAUGGGCCACCGCGACGCCGUGGAGAUCCUCCUGGACGCGGGCGCCGACGUGAACCUGGCGGACGGCGACGGGAGGACGGCGCUGUCGGUGGCCGCGCUGUGUGCCCCGGGCAGCGGAGGCCGGGGUUACGGGGAGGUGGUGAGCCUCCUGCUGGACCGAGCCGCCAACCCAGCGCACAGGGACCGCGACGGGAUGACCCCGCUGCUGCUGGCCGCCUACGAGGGCCACGAGGAGGCGCUGGAGCUCCUGCUGGAGGCCGGGGCGGAUGUGGACGAGACGGCCGGCUCACAGCCGACCGCCGUAGCUGCUGUGACGCCGCUGCUGGCAGCUGCAUCCAUGGGCCACGCCGGAGCAGUGAACCGCGUGCUGUUCUGGGGGGCGGCAGUGGACGCCAUCGAUGGCGAAGGCCGCACGGCCCUGUGUCUGGCGGCUGUCCACGGCAACCUGGAGGUGGUCCGGGCCCUGCUGGACCGCGGCCUGGACGAGAACCACAAGGACGACCUUGGCUGGACACCGCUGCACGCCGCCGCCUGCGAGGGCCAUCGCGCCGUGUGUGCUGCCCUCACAGAGCGAGGCAGCAUGGCCCGCGUUGGCGAGUUGGACGUGGAGGGCCGAACGCCCCUCGUCCUGGCUGCGCAGGAGGGCCACUGCAGCACAGUCCGGCUCCUGCUGGACCGGCGCUCCCCCAUCGACCAGAGGGGCUAUGACGGACACUCUGCCCUCAGCGCGGCCACCCUGCAGGGCCACGGAGAGGUGGCCGAGCUCCUGAUGCGGCGCGGGGCCGACACGGAUGUCCGGGACGCCGAGGGGAGGCCCCUGCUCUACCUCCUGGUCCUCGAGGGACACCUGAACAUGGCCAGCCUGCUCAUGGACAAAGGCGGCGUGCCGCUGGAGUCGCGCGACUCGGAGGGCCGCACGGCGCUCCACGUGGCCGCCUGGCAGGGCAACGCGGCUGCCAUGAGCCUGCUGCUGGGGCGCGGGGCUGACGCCAACGCUCGGGACGCCGAGGGUCGGACGCCUCUCCACUCCAUCGGGUGGAGGGGCCACGUCAACGCUGGACGGGUGCUAGUGGAGGCCAGGGGGGUCAUCCUGGACCUGGCCUGUCGCCAGCAGGGAGCCACAGCCCUGUCCAUAGCGGCACAAGAGGGACACACUGAGGUCGUAGCCAUGCUGCUGCAAAAGGGCGCCGACCCAGACCAUGUGGAUUCCUACGGACGCAGUCCAGUAAAAGUAGCAGGGAAGAGAGGUCACUUUGACAUUGUCCGUCUGCUGGAAAGCUACGGGGCUAAGCCCUACCCUGGUCUUUUGCCCCCUGUUCCAAGUGGCAACCCUGUGCUGUCCCAGACGUCCACGGUGAAGACUCAGUCCUCGGCCAGCUCCGGGAGCACUGGAGACGGCCGGGGCGUCGCCGCACACUCCUACCCAGCGUCCUCGCCGUCGGCGUCCUGCUCGCCGGCCUCCACCACCGAGCGCUUCCACUCCACGCAGAGCUCGCAGACGUCCUCGUCCACCUGCCACUCGCUGGCCACCGUGCAGACGGUGCCGGCCGACAGCCUGAGCUUCACGCAGCAGAUCCAGCAGCACUCGCUGCCCCGCUGCCGCAGCCGGCCGUCCACGCUGCCGCACGGCUCGGGCUCGGCCGCCGCCAGCGUCCACGGCAGCGCCAAGAGGAGCCAGAUCAAAACCGGCUGCAAGGCCGCCCCGGUCACCGCCAACGGGCCGCAGUGCUGCCCCACCGGGCUGCUCCUGGACUCCAGCCAGCCUCUGAAGGGGCUCCUGGAGUCGCUGGGUGGCGACUUCUCGGCCAAGCCCAAAAUGCAGACACUGAUCGGGGAGGAUCUGGCCAAGGACACGCCGCACUUUGUCAGCGGCGGGAAGUGGAACUCGGUUAUGGCGUCUCUCGGGGUGACCCCGGGGCAGGACGGCGCCACCAGACCGGUGAAGAGCAGGGACAGUCCUCCACUGGGGUACCCACCGCCACACCAGAGGGACGCGUGGGAGGCGCCCCACAAAGACAUGUUCUCCCAGGACUUUAGCUUUAACUCAGCAAUCUCACCCAGUGCCUUACCUGGCGAUGCCAUGGUCACCAUGACGACAACUGACCCACAUCUCAGUCGGAAGCAGGCCAUUAAACUGCAGUUUGAGGGACCGACGAGUGCUAUGCUGUAUAAGAGAGAGACCCCGCUGUGAGGUGGAUGUGGCCUGUUGGAGUAUGGCUAUUGUGUGUCUGUGAACCAAAAGAUGAGAGGAAAGAGUUUGUCACGCCACCUUCUGACCUCCUUCCUGCCCAUGGAAGAAAUGGAGGAGAGGAAAAGAGGGGGGAGCGAAGGAACGAGUUUCAGUUAAAAGUCUGACGUUGUUUACAUUCCACCACUUCCCCUGUGCCUGGACAGUGUGGAGAGCAGCUGUCACCAAAAUGUCCACACAAACGCAGGCUCUUGCCUUCAGACAUGCACAAUUGCACCCCUUUCACUACAAAAACUCUCUCUCACACACUCACACACACACACACACACACGCUUACACUCGUAUCAUGGACAUGCAACAACAGCAAACUCUCUCCCAUCUCCACCCUUCUCCCCCAGAAGUCUCAUCACUCAUGGACUCAAGCACUGGAACUGUUGGGACUCCAGUGACGGGAAACUGCAUGGGACUUCCAAACAUUCUCACCCGACCCCUCCCACUGUUAGUGUUGAAGCCACCACAGUGAAAUGGCCAUAAUCACCACUGUCACAAAGGGCUCGGACAACACACAUACCACAGAGACAUCCAAGCAAACAAAACAAAACAAACUGUAUCUGCCAAACUCCAGUUUGGGAUGUUUCCCCCCUGAACCUUGUUCUUUUCCCUUCUGUUCUAAUGUGUUUUAUUUUACAAUAAUAAUGAUUGUGUCAUAAUUCACUGAACUCAUGUUUGUAACGUUAAUUUAUGUUUGGGGGGGGGGGCUGUCCUGACCCAGAGGACCUGGUGCUUUCAUCUUAAAGAGGUGGCACUGACCUCUCUAAUUGCGUCUUGGGCAGCAGUCCUCAAUGAGGAGAAGACAACAGACCACACCAGACGAGAACCAAGCACACAGCUGAGCAAGCUGACGUGCCUGGUGGCUGCAGGGGGACCAAGUCCAAACACAGAUGGGGUUUAUGACUCGGAGGGAAGGAGAGUAGAGGGGUAAGAGAGGUGGAGGCCGGGAGGUGAGGCACUCCCAGGUUUGAGGGUAAAGGACCAGGUCAACAGUGUAAAUUCCUCAGUCGACAGAGUGAGAAAGAAAGACGCUCAAAUCUACCUAACGUACUUAUUUUGUAAUCUGUAUUCUCAACAUUAUAUUACAAAACUUACCAGGAUACUUAAAUUAAAAUAUUAAUUGUGUUUAACUUGACUUGACUUUUUUUGCACAUUGUUCCAUAAUUCCAUAAUUAAAUGCUUUUGGUCAAGUG